AUAUGGUAGAUGAUGAUGAACGCCGCUGGAGACAUUUCAACCCUGAAAUUCCUAAACGAUCUGGAAAAAUUCAUGAUUUGGAGAAGUUCGAUGCUACGUUUUUUGGUGUUCAUUUCAAACAAGCCCAUACAAUGGACCCUCAAACACGAAUUUUGAUUGAAACUGCUUAUGAAGCUGUGAUAGAUGCGGGUGUAAAUCCGAAAAGCCUACGUGGUACAAAAACUGGCGUUUACAUUGGUUCAUGUAUUUCUGAAUCAGAGAAAACGUGGUUUUAUGAAAAAGUAUCAUCCGGCGGCUUUGGUAUAACUGGAUGCAGUCGAGCAAUGAUGGCAAACAGAAUUUCCUACAGUUUGGGCCUGCAAGGUCCGUCGCUUUUACUGGAUACUGCAUGUUCUAGUUCAAUGUAUGCAUUAGAUAAUGCUUUCUCUGCUUUACGCAAUGGAGAAAUAGACGCAGCAAUUAUUGGAGGGUCUAAUUUAAUACUGCAUCCAUUUGUUACACUUCAGUUCGCUAGACUUGGCGUGUUAGCUACCGACGGAUAUUGCAGACCUUUUGAUAUAAAUGCAUCAGGUUAUACUCGGUCCGAGGCUAUAAAUUGUUUAUUCUUACAACGAAGGCGGGAUGCUAAACGUAUUUAUGCGAGUGUUGUUUAUUCAAAAACGAAUUGCGAUGGUUACAAACCUGAAGGAAUUACAUAUCCAUCGGGAAAACUUCAAGAGCAGCUAAUUUCUGAAUUUUAUAAUGAAAUUGAUGUUAAACCUAGUAACUUAGGAUACUUAGAAGCUCACAGCACUGGAACUGUGGUCGGUGAUCCAGAAGAAUGCCGAGCAAUUGAUAGCGUGUUGUGUAGUCAGCGCCAGGAACCUUUACUGGUUGGUUCAGUGAAAUCUAAUAUAGGUCACUCUGAGGCGGCGUCUGGUAUAUGUUCAUUAAUUAAAGCGUGCUUUGCAUUUGAAACUGGAAAAAUUCCUCCAAACAUAAACUUCCGUGAGGUAAAACCUGAAAUUGCUGCUUUAUCGGAAGGCCGUCUAGUUGUGGUAAAAGAUGUUGUGGAUCUAGGGAAGCCUUAUAUAGGAGUAAAUUCAUUUGGUUUUGGUGGAGCCAAUGCACAUGCACUCUUAAAAGCGUUCGACAAACCUAAACUUAAUAAUGGCAUACCAUGCGAUGAUAUUCCAAGAUUGUUGACUUGGGCUGGGAGAACAGAGGAAGCCGUCAAUCACAUUUUCAAUACUGUGGAAAAGAAGACUUUGGAUGCUGAGUUUUUUGCAUUAUUACAUAACAUACAAAAAGAGGAAGUCACCGGAAUGGUAUUUCGUGGAUUUGGUGUGUUCGAAAAAUGUCAAACUAAUCAAGCAAAGACUCUUGCUAGAGAUGUCCAACAUUUCACUGGCAUAAAACGUCCUAUUGUUUGGGUAUUUAGUGGUAUGGGUUCACAGUGGACAGAGAUGGGAGCUUCGCUGAUGCAGAUUCCCACGUUUUUGCAAUCGAUAAAGCGAAGUCAUAAUACUUUACAAUCAAAAGGGCUAGACCUAAUAAGCAUACUCACAUCUGCAGAUUUAAGUACUUUCGACAAUAUAAUGCAUUCAUUUGUCGGUAUUGCUGCAAUUCAAAUUGCUUUAGUCGACGUUUUGCGCUCUUUGAACAUCGAACCGGAUUACAUUAUUGGUCAUUCCGUGGGCGAAUUAGGAUGUGGUUAUGCUGAUGGAUGUUUCACAGCUGAACAAAUGAUUCUUGCUUCAUACUACAGAGGGAAAGUUAGUCUAGAAAUGGAGAAAAUUAAAGGUUCGAUGGCGGCAGUUGGAAUGGGCUUCAAAAAGAUUGCUAAUAUGCUGCCUGAUGAAAUUGAAGUAGCUUGCCGUAAUAGUUCAGACUCUUGCACUAUUUCUGGUCCAGCUAACGACGUUGCCAAAUUUGUGGCCGAUUUAAAAGCAAAAAGUAUUUUUGCCAAAGAAGUUCCUUGUUCAAAUAUUGCUUACCAUUCCCGCUACAUAGCUCAUAUGGGACCUGAAUUUUUGAAAUAUUUGCAGCAAAUAAUACCAAAUCCGAAAUCCAGAAGUGAAAAGUGGCUCAGUACAAGUGUCCCAAAAAAUGAAUGGGAUCAACUAGGGCGUAAUCUGUGCUCAGCGGAGUAUCACGCUAAUAAUCUUUUAAAUAGUGUUCUAUUUGAGGAUACUUUUGAUCUGUUGCCCAAUAAUGCAAUAACGAUUGAAAUUGCACCCCACGGAUUGUUGCAAGCUAUUCUAAAGCGAUCAAUGCCGAAAGGAGUACAUAUUCCCCUUACCCAACGUAAUAACAAAAACAACACUUUGUUCUUCCUCUCCGCAUUGGGAAAAUUGUUUAGCAACGGUGUUACAUUCCCUGUAGAUAUGUUAUAUCCAAAGGUAGAAUUCCCAGUGUCGAAAGGUACUUCAGGUAUAAGUUCACUGGUGCGUUGGGAUCACAGUGAAGAUUGGUUUGUAACAAAAUAUGAAAACAUGAAAACUAAGUCGAGUGGAGAGCGGUUAUAUAAAAUAAAUUUGAGUAGCGAUAAUGAAGAAUUUAUGAGCGGACACGUGAUUGACGGUAAAAUUUUAAUUCCGGCUACUUGUUAUCUUCAGUAUGUAUGGGAGACAUAUUCUUUGAUGUACCACGGUCCUAGCUACAUGGACGUUCCGGUUGAGUUCGAAGAUGUACGUUUCUUGCGGGCAACAAAUAUGUCAUUAAAUGGAAAUGUAGAGCUGAACGUCAUGAUUCAUUAUGGAACUGGACAAUUUGAGAUUACCGAGUCCGGAAGUUUGGUUGUAACUGGAAGUAUACAUGAAAUCGAAAAUCCAGUAAUACCGAAAGUCUACGACUUCAAUAAUAAAUCAGACUUUCCGAUGCUAUCUAAGAAAGACUUCUACAAAGAGCUCAGACUAAGAGGGUAUCAUUACAAUGGUGCUUUUCGUGCUGUCAACGUAGCUCGUGGCGACGGAUUAUUUGGUAGAGUGGAGUGGAAUUAUAAUUGGGUCACUUUUAUGGAUGCAAUGCUACAAAUCCAAAUUUUAUGCACUGAUUCCCGCACUUUGCUUAUUCCAACAAAAAUUAGAAAAUUACGCAUUUAUGGACUACACCAUUUCGACCUCAUGACAAAAAUGAGUUCGGAAAAUCGCGUUUUUGAUGUCUACGUUGAGCCAAAAUAUGAUCGCAUUGUUGCUGGUGGUAUUGAAUUGAUUGGACUUCAUGCAAGCCCUGUACAGCGACGAAAAUCCCCUGGAAUUCCUGUGCUAGAAAAAUAUGAAUUUACGCCGCACUUUACAACACGCGCUUUUAGUACAACAAAUGCAGUUCGCAUGUGUGUACAGUUAGCUCUAGAAAACAGUCCUUCGAUAAAAAUGAAAGUUGUGGAAAUAGGGGCGAAUGGCUAUAAACCAAUCAUAUCUAAAUUUGUUGAAGGAUUAGAGGAUUUGCCACUGGUUACGGGCGAUUUCUUGUUUUUCACAGAUCAAAAGAAUGACGAAAUACCAGGAGUUCAUAUAGAAACCGCAAAAUUUACAAAUCAAACGAAUUGCAAUUUUAUCAUCGCUAAUAACCUUUCCAAAGAAAAUAAUUACAGUUUGGUUAACGCAGCUUACAAAAGUUUAUUAGAAAAUGGCUACCUAAUUUCUAAAGAAAAAGCUCCAUUGGCCUUAGAAAGCCUUAAGAUUUUCGAAAAUUUUAAUUUAAUUGCAGAUAUGGCUUUGGUUAGUGAAGAACGCAUAUUAUUACUCCAAAAGGUCGUUAAGAAACUCACAUUAGAACCAGUGGUUUUAAAAGUUUCUGAAGAAGAUAUUGAGUUUGAAUGGAUUACUCAGGUUCAAACUGCCUUAUCUAACAAAACACCAGUAAUCCUAUACUCCUUCAACGAAAGUACAAAUGGCCUUAUUGGACUUGUAAAUUGCUUACGAAAGGAGCCAGAGGGAAGCCUCAUAACUUGCUUUUACAUAGAUGAUAAGAGCGCGCCUCUUUUUGAUCUGAAAGAUCCAUUCUAUAAUCAUCAAUUCGUUUUAGGCCUUGCCAUAAACGUAUACCACAAGGGUCAAUGGGGUUCUUACAGACAUUUAAAGUUGCCCUGUGAAUUUUGUCCAAGGCCAAUAUCAGGACAUAUUUAUGGAAAUGUUAUGCAACGAGGUGACUUGUCUACUUUGCGUUGGUUGGAGGGCCCUUUAGACAUCAAUAGCUGUUCGGUUCGGAUAGUGUUCUCUUCCCUUAACUUCAGAGAUGUUAUGCUAGCAACGGGCCGAUUGGCUGUUGAAUUAUAUGGUAGUAGCCGUCUGGAUCAGUUGUGCGUUCUGGGCUUAGAAUUUUCUGGAAUAAACACAAAGACUGGUAAGCGCGUUAUGAGUAUGGUAGCCAAAGCCGGUGUCGCAUCUUUCAUCGAAAGACCAUCAAAAUUUAUUUGGGAUGUUCCUGAUCACUGGACUCUACAAGAAGCUGCCACAGUGCCAGUUGUUUACAUUACCGUAUAUUAUGCGUUCUUCAUGACUGCAGAUAUACGAAAGGGUAAAAGUAUUCUUAUUCAUGCUGGAACAGGUGGAAUUGGCCUUGCAGCCAUAAGGGUCGCUUUGGCUUACAAGCUUGAAGUUUUUACCACAUGCAGUACCACACAAAAGAAACAAUUUUUAUUGCAAACUUUCCCCGAAUUAAAAGAAUGUCACAUUGGCAACUCUCGAGAUACAUCAUUUGAAAUGAUGAUACAACGUGAAACCAACGGCAAGGGCGUUGACUUUGUACUCAACUCAUUAGCUGAAGACAAAUUAUUGGCGUCAGUUCGUUGUUUGGGAUACGGCGGGCAUUUCUUAGAAAUCGGAAAAUUCGAUAUGUCUAAUGAUACAAAACUUGGAAUGAGUUGUUUUCUCAAAGAGAUAACUUUUCAUGCAGUCCUGGCCGAUAGGCUGGAAUUCGCCCUAGAUAAAGAAAUUAAUUAUUUAAAACAUAUAAUUGAUGUUGAUAUCGAAAAAGGUAUUAUUCAGCCGCUGCCAUCGACAGUUUUUCCUGCUGAGGAUAUUGAACAAGCAUUUAGACACCUUAUUGGAGGAAAACAUAUUGGCAAAGUCUUAAUUAAAGUCCGUGAGGAUCCGGAAUCGCUAGUAACGUUGCCAGUCAGAGUUUUACAUCAAGUUUAUUUUAAAGCCGAUCUAAGCUAUAUAAUACCUGGAGGUCUAGGUGGAUUCGGCUUAGAAUUAGCUGAUUGGAUGGCCAUACGAGGAGCACGAAAAAUCAUUCUAAGCUCAAGACGGGGUUUAUCAAAGGAUUACCAGGCUUAUAGGAUAGCAUUAUGGAAAACGUACGGCUGUGAAGUUAUUGUUAGUAUGUUUGAUAUUUGUACCAUUGAGGGUUGCAUAGCAUUAUUAAAUCAAGCUAAGCAAUAUGCACCUAUUGGAGGAAUAUUCAAUUUAGCUGUGGUUUUACGAGAUGGUAUAUUUCCAAAUCAAACAAAAGAAAAAUUUGUGGAAAGCUUUGCUCCCAAAGCCAUUGCCACAAAAUAUUUAGACCAGUUAACCCGUUCUGAUUGCCCCCAUCUAGAACAUUUUGUUGUAUUUUCAAGUGUUUCAUGUGGCCGAGGCAAUGCCGGGCAAACCAAUUACGGAAUGGCCAAUUCAAUUAUGGAGCGUAUUGUAGAGGACCGUGUUAAGCAUGGCUAUCCUGGAAAAGCAAUACAGUGGGGAGCAGUUGGGGAAGUUGGUUUGGUCGCUGACAUGGCUGAAGAUAAAAUAGACAUGGAGAUUGGUGGGACUUUACAGCAACGUAUCUCAUCCUGCCUGUGUGAGUUGGACAUACUGUUAUCUGUACAAGAACCAAUCAUUUCAAGUAUGGUAGUUGCUGAAAAGCGAGUCGGGCGGAUGGGAAAUGAAAGUGUUCUCGAAACUGUUAUGAACAUUAUGGGCAUUCGCGAUUUAAAAUCUGUUUCCCUGGGAACAACACUCUCAGAAAUGGGAAUGGAUUCUUUAAUGGCUGUUGAAAUAAAACAAACUUUAGAAAGAGAUUUUGAUCUCACAUUGACGCCACAAGAUUUGCGUGCGCUAACAUUCCAAAAGUUGCAAGAAUAUGCGGAUGCUCGAGAAAAAGAAUCCUCAGAUGUAAAAAUGAUUUUUACAUCUGAUAGUAACAUUCUUGGAAUGGAGAUUUUGCUAAGAAAUCUGGGAGAUGAAUCACGUUGUAAUGAAAUUAUGAUACCUCUUAAGACAGCUGCAAAUACUACAAAACAAUCAAUGCCACCAAAUAUAAUAAUUCCAGGAUUAGAAGGCACAGCCGGCCAAGCAUGGUACAACAUGGGAGAACUUAUAAACAAUCGCUGUUAUGUUCUACAACUUCACAAAUUCGCAGAUUGCUCCACAGUUAAAGAGGUUGCAGAAGCUUGCUUUGAUCACGUUAAAGCAGAAUUAAAAGCUACAGAGCCUUUCUACAUCAUUGGAUAUUCAUAUGGAUCCUUUAUUGCUCUACAACUGGCUGCAAUGCUAGAAAAAUCUGGCUAUCGAGGCCAACUCUUACUCAUCGAUGGAGCUCCACAUUUCCUAAAAAAACUAACACUUGCCCAUCUUGGAGAAGACUUCACUGAUAGUAAUUUAUAUAAUUUACUUCUUUCCAGUAUUGUUAAACAAAUAUUCCCAGACGAGAUUCAAGAAUCGGUUGUUUUGGAAUUUAGCAAACUUGAUCAAUUAAAUGAUAAAAUGACUAGAUUUAUGGAUUAUGUAAAUAAGCAAAGUUUAUAUAGCAAUGAAUACGCAGACAAAAUGGUGCAUGCAAUGUUUCGACGUAUAAGUAUGGCUGCUAACUAUAAUUUGGAUACAAUUGACUUACUGACAACACCAAUAGUCUUAAUACGGCCUGCUGAAGUAUCUUUACAAGACAUAGAGGAGGACUAUUGUCUAUCAAAGAUUACUACAGGAAAAGUAGUUCUCAAAGUUAUUGAGGGAAAUCAUACCUCAAUGUUGGAUAACCCUAUUUUACCUCAGAUCAUUAAUGAAAUGGAUCCAGCUCUUCAGGAAGACAGAACGUUUGAAGAGUACAUACGUAAUGUAAAACCUGUUGUUCCUUUGGUUUAAAAUAGUUUUAAGUUUUAUUUACAUUUGUAAAUGUAGGGAGGUAUGUAUAUGUUCACAGUGCUUUGAAUAAUUUGUUCAUAAGACAAUUUAAUAUGUCCUUAAUGAAAAGAAAAAAAUAUUAUUAACUCGCGGCAUAGAGUUCAUUACACUUUUUCGCUGGGAAAUAUUAAUAAAUUUAUAAAUAAUAUAAUAAUAAUAAGUAAAUAAUAAUAAAAUUUAGCCUGGCAUCCUACACGAACAAAAUUUGUGAUAAAAGCAUGUUAUAUCUUAGUAUUGAUUGUUGCAAGAUGUCGGUAAAUUUCGGAUUUAUUCUUCUUAU